AUAACUUAGUAUUCUUUGACCUGAAAGUCAUGGUUGUCCGUUCCCAAUCUUCAGCGGCUGGCGUGCUCGCUCUUUUACAGGAACCAGACACCGUGUUCAAACAACAUGCUCUCAAAGCACUAAUCCCCCUUGUUCCUCAGUUUUGGGCAGAAAUUUCGGAGCACAUUGCACUCAUAGAGAGCUUGUAUGAGUCCGAUGACCUUCCCAAGGCAGCCCGCCAUAAUGCUGCUUUGCUGGCUAGCAAAGUGUAUUAUUUUCUGGGAGAGUAUGACGAAGCCCUGUCCUUUGCCUUGGGCGCAGGGAGCGCGUUCCAAGCUGAGGCCCGCGCACAUGGCGCAGGCGAAUAUGUUGAGACAGUGAUAUCGAACGCAAUUGACCGAUAUGUCACGCUGCGCACUGACGAGCCUUCCGGGAGCUCGACAAAGAUCGACCAUCGGCUACAAGCUAUCAUAGAAAGUAUUUUUGAUCGCUGUAUUGAAGAGGGGGAGUACCGCCAGGCAAUUGGCAUUGCAUUGGAGUCUCACCGUUUCGACAUCGUGGAGCGCGUAUAUGACUUGACACACGACGUUUCCCUUCUCUCGUACACGAUGGAAGCUGUUUUGGAUACAGGUUUUUCCCUCUCCUACCGCGACCAAGUCCUGGACUUCCUCCUUCCUCUCUUCCCUCCUCCUACAUCACUUUCAAAAUCCCCGCACAUCCACGCCCUUGCUCGACUACUUGUCACCCUCAAUAGACCGUCACUCGUCAUUCCACUCCUGACUUCCCUCGUUCCAAAGGAGAGGCUUCUUGCAUAUCAAUUCGCAUUCGACUUAGUUGAGGGAGGUGCUCGGGAAUUCUUGCAGGGGGUGAAGGCCGACUUACCUGAGGGCAAGGAGGAAACUCAGGAGAUAUACGACAAGCUCCGUAAAAUCUUGGAUGGGCAAGAGUCUGUCAAACUAUACCUAGAAUUCUUGAAGCGCAACAACAAAGUAGAUAUGCUGAUUCUGAAGAACACGAAAGACGUCCUCGAAGCUCGGACGUCUAUAUAUCAUACCGCUGUCACCUUACAGAACGCCUUCAUGCAUGCUGGAACAACCUCCGAUGUGUUUCUUCGCGAAAACCUUGAAUGGCUCGGUUUGGCCUCUAACUGGGCCAAGUUCUCUACGACCGCUGCCCUCGGUGUCAUCCACAAGGGUUAUUUCGAGGAGGGAAUGAAUAUCCUUGGCCCAUACCUCCCCCAAGCAGGAGGUGAAAGCCAGAUCCAAGGGGCCGCCUACUCCGAGGGUGGUGCCCUUUAUGCUCUUGGCCUGAUCAACGCUGGUUGUGGCAGCGGCCAACCUGUCGAGAACUACCUUCGCGAGACCAUGAAAACCGCUCAGGGUGAGGUUGUACAGCACGGUGCCGCUCUCGGCCUUGGUAUUGCCGGGAUGGGUGGAAGAAGCUCCGACACAUACGAUGAUUUGAAGGAGACACUUUUCACCGAUUCCGCUGUAGCAGGCGAAGCAGCUGGUUAUGCCAUGGGCCUCGUGAUGCUUGGGUCUGCAGAUCGGACCUCCGCAGAGGAGAUGUUGACAUAUGCGAGAGAGACACAGCACGAGAAGAUCAUUCGCGGUCUGGCUAUGGGGCUGGCGUUCAUCUUCUAUGGUCGACAAGAGGAUGCCGACUCUACAAUCGCAUCACUUUUGGCUGAAAAGGACCCUAUUUUACGUUAUGGUGGUGUCUAUACUCUUGCACUGGCUUACGCAGGGACGUCAAAUAACGACGCAGUCCGGCAGCUACUGCACAUCGCAGUCUCUGACACCUCAGAUGAUGUUCGGAGGGCAGCUGUGACCUCACUCGCCUUCCUCCUGUUCAAGAACCCAGGCCAAGUCCCCCGAAUCGUUCAGCUCCUCAGUGAGAGUUACAACCCACAUGUUCGUUGUGGCGCAACCCUAGCCCUGGGUAUCGCGUGCGCAGGCACCGGUCUUCAAGAUGCUGUCGAGAUCCUGGAACCCAUGACCAAGGAUGGGAUUGAUUUCGUCCGACAGGGUGCCUUUAUUGCCCUUGGUAUGAUCCUAGUUCAACAAUCAGAGGCAUCGUCUCCUUCCAUGUCCUCAACCCGUGCCCUUUACACUAAGGUGGUGUCUGACAAGCACGAAGACCCCAUGGCACGUUUUGGUGCUGCUAUUGGACAAGGUUUAAUAGAUGCUGGUGGCCGCAACGUCACUAUUAGUUUGCAGAGCCGUGCAGGGAGCAAAAACACGAAUGCAAUCGUUGGUAUGGCCAUGUUCUGCCAAUUUUGGUACUGGUAUCCAUUAGCGCACUGCGCGUGCCUCGCGUUUGAACCGACCGCCAUUAUCGGCUUGAAUGAAGACUUAAAGGUGCCCAAGUUUGAGUUUGUCUCCAAUGCCAGGCCCAGUCUUUUCGCCUAUCCCCCUCCUGCCACACCUCCCAAACGGGAAACCUUCGCUAAAGCAGCUACCGCGGUUCUCUCGACAACUGCUAAGGUCAAAGCGAGAGAAAAGAAAAAAGCAGCUGCUGAUGCAGAUGCUAUGGAUACUGACGAGAAGCCCGAGCCAAAGAAGGACGGCGACGUUGAAAUGAAAGGCGAAGAGGGUCCUUCAGGCAAGCCUACGGAUGGCUCGCCUUCGGCCAUCACUCCCGAAGACGCUAAGCCAAAGCGGAAAUCAGAGCCUUCCUCAGAGAAUGUUGCGAACUUCACUCGCGUCACCCCCAUGCAGCUCGCCUACAUCAGCUUUCCCCCUGAAGGACGGUAUCAACCUGUUCGUCCAGUAUCAUUGAACACCAUCCCGCCCAAGACUGGCGGUAAAGGAAACCCGAACCCUGGUGUCAGAAAAGCACCAUCAAGUCUUGCCUCAGAGCGGUAUGCGGGCGGGGGUGGUAUUCUCAUGAUGGUGGAUGAGAGGCCAGACGUGGAGGCAGAGUUCAUUUCCUUUGAACCUCCAGCUGUGGAGCCAGCACCGACUGAGAAUGGACAUGCGCUACCGCAGGGCAACGUCAACCGUACCAGACCUUUGAGGGAUCUUCACAUCGCUCUAGAUGAGAGCUCGCCAGACGUUGACCCCCCAGAAUCAUUUGAGUAUCCGUUUGAUUCGUAAACUAUUAUCCACGCUGUAUCGUUACUUCAAUCGAACAUUUUCAUUUAGACAUUUUUUAAGUAACUUCGUGAUGUGACUGAUUGUGUGACGGGUGUGAUAAUGUGACGGGUGGCUGAUAAUGCUUUAUCCUUUGUUGUGACGCGAGGCCUUCAACAUCUUGAUCUUUCU